AUGGCAACCUCCAUCACCUUAGACCUGCAAACUCAUGAAAGGGCAUACCUCUACAUUUUUCAUGCAUUGGAGGACUGCAUACCUUCACAAAUCGUCCAUGGCCUCAGUUGGGAAAUCGCCUGUCGUGCCCGUGUCGAGGCAAUCUCCCGCAACGAGCCCAACGUGCAAAUGCAAUUGCGUUUCUUUAUAGAUGUCAAACAAGAGAGAGAAAUUGUAGAAGGUGAGCACCCUGAACCCGAAACCGAAUUUGAGGCCCUCCAACAAGAGGAUGAAAUUCUUGAAGAGGAGAUCGACGAAACAGCAACAGAGCUCGAGCUCGAGCUUCGCCACUUCAUGGAAUUCUCUUCGCAAGAGAGAUACAUUUUCAGAAGCGAUUACCAACAAAUGGAAACCAACGAUCUAGAGCUUCUUAGAGGCAUCGAGGCAUCCUCACAGAUGGAAUGUCCUCCGAGACCAGCUGCAAGAUCAGCCGUCGAGUCCUUAGCAAAGGCGGAUAUCAGGGUGGAAGAAGAGGUUAUUUGCACUGCCUCUGCAACAUCAAUGCUUCCGAUGGGGACGGGAGGGUACUCCCGUGAGGAUUGCAUCGUGCAGUGGUUGAAGUCGAGAAAUUCAUGUCCAAUGUGCCGAUUCGAGCUCCUUGCUAACCUGUCCUAG